UUCAGAGAUAGUUCAACUUAAUUUCUCAUUAGUUCCUUGUCAGACAUGAUAGUACCAUUUAGUCUGUGGCUUAUUUCUCUCCUAACAGGUGAUGUCUCUAGUGAGGGAAUAGCACCAAUCUCUCCUAAUGAAUUUGUCUCAGAAGGUGACUCAAUCACCCUGUCCUGCAGUUACAAAGGAUCAGCCACUACAGAUACUCUCCUGUGGUAUCGUCAGUACCCAAAAAGAUCCAGACCACAGUUCCUGUAUCUGGUUAAUGAAGCUAAAUUUGAGCAACCAGCUGAUCCUCCAAUUCCUGGAAUAUCUACUAAAAUAAAUGAGGAGAAAAAUCAAAUAGAUCUGGAGAUUUCAACCACUGCAUUAACUGAUUCUGCUUUGUACUACUGUGCUCUGAUGCCCACAGUGUCAUAUGGGAACAUCCUAGCAAACACAAUAAUUUCCCAUGGCUCAGAAAAACAAGUUUUAGAAGGUGACAGCGUAACACUGACAUGCAACUACAGCGCAGAUCCUGGAAGUACUUUCCAGUGGUACCGUAAAUAUUCCAGAUCUGCACCAGAGUUCCUCCUUUACAUCUAUGAAAGUGGGAUGAAGAGUGAAGACAUACCACCACAUUUAACACCAAGAAUUAAUAAAGACACCAAACAGAUCGAUUUGGAGAUCUCUUCUGCUGCAGUAACAGACUCUGCUCUGUAUUACUGUGCCCUGAAGCCCACAGUGACAGGAAACCCAACAACACUAUACAAAAACUUGAAACAGAGGAAUUUAUUUUACAUUUAA